GGGGCCCGAGGGCGUCUGCGCUCCCGCGGGGACUGAGGCGGCGCGCGCUCCAGGUGGGGACGGCGAACCCCCAGCCCUCCCCGCGCCAGGAGAACUAUGCCAUUUUUGGGUCAGGACUGGAGAUCUCCUGGAUGGAGCUGGAUUAAGACAGAAGAUGGCUGGAAGCGAUGCGAAUCCUGGAGUCGGGACCUGGAGAGAGAGAAUAACCCGCGUGCUCUCACUCGCAGCGUUAUCUUAAAUAGUGACGAUGAAGAAAUAUUCAGUAACGAAGAGCAGGAAUACACGUCCAAAAAGAGGAAAAAGGAUCAUUUUAGAAAUGAUACAAAUGCUCAAUGUUUUUAUCGUGAGAAAUGGAUCUAUGUCCAUAAAGAAAGCACGAGAGAAAGGCACGGCUAUUGUACUCUGGGAGAGGCUUUCAACCGCUUGGACUUCUCCAGUGCAAUUCAGGACAUUCGGAGAUUCACUUACGUGGUCAAACUCCUGCAGCUGAUUGCGAAAUCCCAGUUAACGUCACUGAGCGGCGUGGCGCAGAAGAACUACUUCAACGUUUUGGACAAAAUUGUCCAGAAGGUCCUUGACGACCACCAGAACCCCCGGCUCAUCAAGGACCUCCUCCAGGACCUGAGCUCCACCCUCUGCAUCCUCCUCCGGGGUGUUGGGAAGUCCGUGCUGGUGGGAAACAUCAACAUCUGGGUCUGCCGUCUGGAGACCGUCCUCCGCUGGCAGCAGCAGCUGCAAGACCUGCGGGUCACUAAGGUGAACGACGGCCUCACACUCAGUGACCUCCCUUUGCAUAUGCUGAACAACAUCUUGUACAGAUUCUCUGACGGCUGGGACAUUGUCACACUGGGCCAGGUGACGCCGACGCUGUCCAUGCUCAGUGAGGACAGGCGUCUGUGGAAGAAACUCUGCCAGUACCACUUUGCCGAGAAGCAGGCACCUGAUCGUGUCAGAGAAGGGCCACGUGGAGUGGAAGCUGAUGUACUUCGCGCUGCAGAAGCACUACCCGCCGCGGGAGCAGUACGGGGACACGCUGCACUUCUGCCGACACUGCAGCAUCCUCUUCUGGAAGGACUGCCGCCUUGCUUUGUUGUUCAAGGACUCGGGGCACCCCUGCACCGCCGCCGACCCCGACAGCUGCUUCAUGCCCGUGUCCCCACAGCACUUCAUCGACCUGUUCAAGUUCUGAAGGCGGAAGGGGUUCUCCGUGCUGUGCUGUCACCAGGGAGCGACAGGAGCCUGGAGAACGCGCCUCCCCCUCCCUGCAUGGACAGGCCACAGGGCGUUGGUUUGUUCUGAAAGGGGAUCAGGGAACCCAAGCAAAAUCAUUUCACUUUCUCUAAAAUCCUCUUCCUUUAAGUCUGUGAAGGUUUGCAACGUUGUGUAUUUAUUACUAUGGCUCAGCAAGGUCCUGGGUUAGCAGCACCGCGUUCUGUGCCACACGGACACGUACGGCUGCUACUGUGCUUACAGUCAGAUCAUAGUUUCCCGAUUUCGUAGUAAUUAGGGGCAGGGACAGAACAAUGGGCUGUUGUAAAUACGGGGUGCAGAAUAUUUAUUUUUCUUAAUAUGUAUUUUAACUGCACUGGUUGUGUCCAAGUGAGUCCUCACUGAUGGAAGUGAGCCCAGGGCAGCGUGUGGUACCGUUGUGUUCGUGGUCAGUCUGUGGUCGGUCUGUGGCCAGCCACGGUGCGGGUGGUGGGACCGCCCGGUGCAGCUGCCCCUUCACUGUCCUGGAAGUGCUUUCCUAGACAAAGUAAUAACUCGUCUUUAUUUACUCAUCUGACUUCCUCGAUUUUACACCUUCCUGAAAAAGUAGUGUCUGUGGUUUUGAUAUCGUUGAUUUAAACCUUUAAAAGAUUGUUUUAUUUUUAAAAUAAUGCAUGUCUAUUUUGGAUAUUUUGGGGAAUAGGUUAUGAAAGAAUCUACAAGUCACCCGGGACCCUGUCCCCCGAGACCCUGCUCCGGCCACAUAGAUGAGCUCCCCCCCCCCCGGGCGCUGUGGGAGAGGGGUGGGAGCCCCCGCAGAUCAUCUCUCCUUCCUGCCCUAAGUUUUUCCUCUUCUAAGCAUAUAAAAGUGGUUUGCGGUUUCGCGUCUUUGUAAAUAAAGAUUCUGGAUUUUCAGUA